AUGAUCGCCGCAGAACCCCCCAACCUCCCUUCCGGAGAUUCCCCAGACCUAAUCCUCGUCCCCGCCACAGCAUCCGAGCGCAUCGCCUCAAUCCGGCUAAACAGCGUCGCCUGGAAAGGACCCUUGGACGUAGAAACCUACAUCCAGCGCGAGAAUCACCUCCUGCAACAGCGGCUAACCCGCGACGGACUGACCUGCUGGGUACUAGUCGACCGACGGGAAGCCGAGGAUAGCCGCACGAUCCUGUCCUCGUGCGAGUCGUACCGGAAGAGCGCGUUGCUAGCGCGUGAUGGGCGGGUGGAGAAGGUUUCCACGCACGGCGUUGGGAGCGUCUACUGUCGGCCUGAGUUCCGGGGGAAGGGGUAUGCGAAGAGGAUGUUGGAGGAGUUGAGUGUUAAGCUUGAGACUUGGGGGAUGGAGAAGGAGGAGAGGAGGAGGAGUGUUUUUACGGUGUUGUUUUCGGAUAUUGGGAAGAAGUUUUAUGCGCAGUUUGGGUGGAGACCGUUUGUUUCUUCGCAUAUGUCUUUGAAGGCUACGGGGACGGGGAGUGGGGGGAUGGGGGUUACGAGGGAUUUGUUUGCGGAGGAUGUGCAGAAGUGUCUGUGCAGUGAGGUUGUAUUGGAUAAAUUGCGGGACCAGAUGCUUGUGGCAUCGAGGGAGUCUGGGAGUGCUAAGAUUGCUAUCUUGCCGAACUUUGAUCACUUUGUUUGGCAUUGGGCGAGAGAGGAGUUCUAUGCUGAGAACUUGAUGCCGGAACGUGAGCCGCCUGUUGUUAAGGGGGCUGGAGAUGACCGGGCUCGGGUUUAUUGCGCUUGGAAUCGGAACUUUGGCGAGACGCCCGAGGAUAAUGUGCUUUACAUUCUGAGGUGGGUGUAUGAUGAGCCCACCUCCCCGGCUGAAGAGGAGGUCGUGGUUACCGCUAUGGCUGCCAUUCUUCGGCGAGCACAGCAAGAGGCGCAUGAAUGGAACAUGAGCAAGGUCGAAUUUUGGAACCCGACUCCCCUCUUGCAAAAGGCUGUGGCCCUGGUGGACCCGCGUGUCGAGCUCGUACACCGCGAAAAGGACAGCAUUUCCUGUUUACGGUGGACUGGCGAGGAGCAAGGAUUGGGCAAGGAUGUCGAGUGGUGGCUGAAUGAGAAGUACACUUGGUGUUGA